CAGCGAUGAGUCACCGAGCCAGCUCCUCAUCUCACUGAUUCUCUCUUUGCCAUCUAUCAGCAUCCUCUGGGUUUCAAGGUGGCUGCUUCAGACAGACGUUUGAACAUGGUGAAGGAGUGAGGUCCAGCAGGGAUACCACCUUCACAUUCUCCUCAACCAAGCCAAGCAAGGACACCAGACAUCAGCAGCAGCAGCAGCAGCAGCAGAACACGCGGUGCCAUCACAGGCAUGAUGGGAGUCCCCACGCUCUGUGUCGUGGUCCUAGCAUUCAUCAGUCACAGCCACAGCCUGGAAAUACAAAACCCUCUGUACAGGUCCAAAAGGUCUCAGGAGAACCUGUUGUUGGAUCCCAGCAGCUGUGCGUCCAGGACCGAGCAGCAGGUCUUUACAAACCCUCACAAUUUCUCUGUGGACAUUCGGAUGCCUGGUGUCAUCCCGGCCGGGUCGGACACUUACCUGUGCAUGGCAUUUCCUGUGCCAACGAGUCGAGAUGCGUAUAUAGUGGACUUCAUACCUCAUGCCAGUAUGGACACAGUCCAUCACAUGCUACUGUUUGGCUGCCAGACUCCUGUCUCCACCAGCAGCUACUGGGACUGUGGCAGUGUACCAGGCACUUGUGAGGAUGAAGCCUCCAUUAUGUACGCCUGGGCUCGCAACGCACCCCCCACUAAACUCCCCAAAGAUGUUGGUUUUAAAGUCGGAAGAAAUUCAGGAAUAAGUUACUUUGUGCUGCAGAUCCAUUAUGGAGAUGUCAGUGCUUUCAGAGACCAUCACAGAGACUGCUCAGGACUCUCCUUAAGAAUGACGUCCAAGCCGCAGCCGUUCAUAGCUGGUAUAUACCUGCUCAUGUCUGUGGACACAGUCAUCCUUCCAGGGAAAAGAGUUACCAAUGCAGACGUCGCCUGUGAUUACACUUCACAUCCCAUCUACCCCUUCGCCUUCAGGACCCACACACACCACCUUGGGAAAGUGGUCAGUGGCUACAGGAUCCGAGAUGGGAAGUGGAGCCUGAUUGGACGACAGUCCCCUCAGCUACCACAGGCUUUCUAUCCUGCCAACAAGGAAUUGAGUGUGAAGUACGGUGACACCAUCGCUGCCAGAUGUGUGUUUUCUGGUGAGGGCAGAACCUCCAAAACCUACAUUGGCGGCACCUCUGAUGAUGAAAUGUGCAACUUCUACAUAAUGUACUACAUGGACAGCAAACAUGCGAUCCCCUUCAUGAACUGUAUGGAGACGGGCUCCAAAGAGCUGUUUGAACAUAUUCCAGCAGAGGCCAGUGUUCCCAUCGCUGUCAGUCCAGGUCACAUGAACUCCAUGAUGCACAUGGGACACUCAAAAGAUCAAGGUAACAGAUCACCGCUGGAUGCAAGCAAAGCAGACCAGGUUCUGGAUCAGGGUGACCUCUAUUCUCUCAUGUCCAAGCUGCUAGGCCAGAGUAAGGACAUAGCUCACAUUCAUAAGUACAACCCCAGCGAGAUGCAGAGAGCCCAGGCUGAGCUGGUGGCUCAGAUUGAUAGCUUAAUACAAAAUACAGACCUGGGCUCUCCCAGUGCCACAUUAGCCUUCCAGACCAGGGAGGACCCUGUUUUGGUGAGGGACAGAGUCCACAAAUUCCAUCAGCUUGAGGCCACAGCCAAGUCCCCAGGAAGCAAGCUGCUAGCUACAGGACAAGACUACCAUCUGGAGCCAGUGUCAGGGUGGCCACAGAGUUCUCUGCAGCUGGGUCAGGUAUCAGGACUUGCCCUGGACUCAGAUUCUAACCUGGUCAUUUUCCACAGAGGAGACCACCACUGGGGGACCAACUCCUUUAACAACCAGGCCAGGUACCAGCAGAGGUCUCUGGGUCCCAUCCAGCAGUCCACCAUUCUGGUUGUGGAUCCAGCUAAAGGCAACAUCCUGAAGGCUUCGGGCAGAAACAUGUUUUAUUUGCCUCAUGGAAUAACUACAGACAAGGAGAAUAAUUACUGGGUCACUGACGUGGCUCUUCAUCAGGUGUUAAAGGUGAGCAACGAUGGUAGAGACAGUACCCUGCUGGCUCUGGGAGAGGCCUUCACACCAGGAAGUGACAGUAGACACUUCUGCCAGCCCACUGACGUGGCCGUGGACCCAGAGACCGGAGACAUAUUUGUGUCUGACGGAUACUGCAACGCCAGGAUCCUCAGGUUCUCUGCUGAGGGCCAGUACCUGUCUGAGUGGGGAGCAGGCUCGUCAGACAGGAGGAGGCGGGUGCCGUUCCAGGUCCCCCACAGCCUGGUGUUCCUCCCUGACAGACGGGAGGUGUGUGUAGCCGACAGGGAGAACGGACGUAUCCAGUGCUUCAUCGCUGAGACCGGAGAGUUCGUCAAGGAAAUAAAGAAGGAGGAGUUUGGAGGGGAGGUGUUUGCCAUCACCUACAGCCCUGCUGGAGAAGGCUUGAUCUUUGCAGUAAAUGGAGAAUCUCCGUAUCACUCAGCUCCACUCAGAGGGUUUGUUAUAAAUUACUCAACAAAGGACAUUUUGGAUACGUUCAGCCCAAACAAGAAGGAGUUUAAAAUGCCUCAUGACAUCGUGGAAACCAGGGAUGGCAGCGUGUUUGUCGGAGAUGCAGGCAGUAAAUCAGUCUUCAAGUUCACCACUGAGAAGUCUCAUCGUUCUGUAAAGAAAGCGGGAAUCGAGGUUCAAGAGCUUGAAGAAAUGGAGACGAUCAUCCAAACGAAGCUGAGGCCUGAACACAACAUGUCGAAGACCGCAGCCGUCCAAGAGAAGCAAGCUGUGGCUCAACCGCCUCAACCACAGAAACAGAGAGAGGAGGAGGAGGACCAGAAGAAGAAGAGUGCAGUGAAGCCCAACAGAGGGGGCGGUGUACUUCCAGCCAUCAUCACCACACUGCUGCUCAUCCCUCUGGUGCUGGUCAUCUCCAUAGGAGUCUUCAUCUGCUGGAGGAGGAACAACCGAUGUGAGGUGAAAACUGAACCCAGUUCUGUGGGAGGGAUCUUGGGAAAAAUACGAGGUAAAGCGGUGGGCACUCUGAAUCUGGGGAACUUCUUUGCGUCCCAUAAGGGUUACAGUCGUCAGGGUUUCGACCAGCUGAGCACCGAAGGCAGCGACCAAGAGAGGAACGACGAGGACAGCAGUGACUCUGAGAACGAGGAGUACUCUGCUCUGCCGCCUCCUCAGUCCUCCUCCUAGACGCUCUGGGCCCAGCCACCUUCUGCUUACAUUGCCAAGAUGUAUGUUAUUCAUCAAGUGUGUAACUGUUGUGUUAGCUGCCAAUCUUAUUGUUUAUAUAUUUAAAUAUAUACUGUAUAUAAAAUAAUUUGGUAUAAUUUAGGCGGUUUAUUUAAUCUUUAUUUAAUUUAGCCGAGGUCUUGAUACAGCCUCGGUGACACAUUCACACAUAAGAGUGUCAAAGAUUUGUUUCCCCAAAUCAAACAGCAUUAGUGGAAUUAUUAUAAUUAUGAUCAGCACAAUCCACAGGGACAAAGAUUUAGCCUUAAAAGAGAAGAAGAACCUGCUGAUGGGCUCAGAUCAGUUUAUCCUGGAGUUUCCCUUGUUUCAGGAACUUUGUCUAAAUUCCUGAAAUGAGUUUUUUUUUUUUUUUUUUUUUAAUGGAAACAGGUGAAAACACGUCUGAGCUGGUGACUGGACUUUUAUUUUGAAUUCAUGAGGAAAUGUACCAAACUUCACUGAAUGACUUUUUUAGAAGGAGAAUUUCUACGACUGAAAUGUGUUUCAUGGUCAGUUCACGUCUUCAUUCAUUCACACUGACAGUGACCUGUUUGAAAACAUUAAGGGUUCUGUUUUCAUGGUGGAGCUGUGACCAGCACACUGACAGCUUCCUGACCGUGACAUUGGUGAGAGAGGGGUACACACAGGUGGGCUCACAAAGAGAAACCCUGGUAUUUUGGGAGAAGUUGGGUCUUCAGAGCUGAGUUCUUGUCUCAGAACCACAUCUCUGGAGCAACGUCACACUGCUGUCAGUUUGUAGAGUUUGUCAACAGGAGCUAACUAAACGCUUGGAGAGAAUGUUUUAAUGAAACACUCUUCAUUGGUGCAUGUUGAUGAGUUUAAGAGCAGCUUCAUUAAACCAUUAAACCCCUGCAGCCUCUGACUGUGCCAAACCAGAGCAUGGUGCCAUCACACCUGGCCAUUCACUGUGUUUACCUUGAUUACAGGCUGCUACAGAACAAACCACUCACCUCCACCUACAUCACACUGGUCAGAUGUCAGCAGCUCAUGAAUCUGUGCAUCAGCUCCUCUCCAGGUUUUUAGUUUAAGUGUCAUUUCAUAUGAUAUGAUGUGACCACACAUGAGACAGUAGUUAUUAUAUUAUUUAGUGUAUUUAUGAGGCAACACCUCCUCUGAUCUCUGUUCACCUCCAUCAGCUCUUCUACACUUGGAGCUGCUGCACAUCCAUGAACGAGAGCAGCAGGUGGAGACGCCCUCACGUCUCUGGUUCUGCUCUGUGUUUAUUAGGGCCACGGCCUCUGUGCUGGUCACACUGUUUGCUCCAUUAAAACAGGGCCCUGAGGAAAAACAGGAAACUGCUGUUGUCACCUGUUUAGUAGUCUACUGUUUAUUUUAUUGCUUUGUGUCUGAGUCUGGACUUGUGUUUUAAUGACAUGUAAACAUGUGAGUGAGACUCAGUUGAGCAGAAUCAGUUACAGAAGUUUGAUAUUUUAUGAUGAUUUUACAAACACACAGUUUAACAGCACUGAUGAAUAUACAGCUGAGUUUACCCGGAGAAAUGCAUCCCUCCCUGCAUGAAUCUCUUCCAUGUAGUGAAGCUGUUCACAGCGUAACUGAAGCUGAACUGCUCAUGUUUUACAUCGGUGACAUUUCAUUGUAAUUUUGUGCCUUUUCAUGUGUGUAUUCUGCCUUUCUUCAGCACCUGCCAUUACAACAUGUAUCACGGGAUGAAAACAGCUGCUGCUGCUGCUGCUAGUAGAGCUUCUACUACACUGAUCUCUCUUCCAUUCAAGAUAUUAAUAGAUAUAUGUCUAUAUUUAUGUUUGUGUGUGUGUGGACUUGUAAUUCUGUCGCUGUGAGGACCACUUUGAGUCGUAGACCUGAACCAGUGAGGACGCUGUCCAGUCUUCAGGUUUGAAUCAGGUUUAGAUCGGGGUAAGGGGCUAUGGAAUGCACUAUGUCAAUGAGUGUCCUCACAAAGACAAAAGUGUGUGUGUGUGUGUGUGCGCAUGUGUGUGCGUGUGUGUGUGCGCGUGUGUGUGUGUGAGAGAGAUUGUGAUUGUGUGUGCGGUGCCAAUCUAACAUUGUUAACAGCCAAGUCUUAGCACUGUCACUGUUGAUAAUCAAACUACAACUGAAGAAACAGCGUGAACUGAGAAAUGAACAUCUGACAUGUGACUUAAAGGAGCAGUCCGUCUGUUUUAGCUCCUACAGAACGUACUGUACUUUAUAUUUCUGCUCUCCAUUUGAAACACAUGCUGUCCUUUAGUCAUAUAAUUAACAGUAAUGAACAUUGAAGUUUAAAGCGGAAUGAAAAGUCAGCACCAUAGAUUGUAAAUAAAUAUGGACGUAGCCUCUGUGAUGUCCCCCACAAGUUCCUAAAGAGCAAUUUUGAAGCUCAGAGUGAGCUGCUCCACUGUCACCAUCUUGGCAGUGACUGACUCCGCCCCUAACUCCCAGCUAAUCCUAAAUUGGGCAAAGAGGAGGGGCAUGUGUGGAGCAGAGACUUUGGUGUAUGCUGGAUUAUGGCAAGCAUAUACUCAAAGACACUCAAAGAGGCCACGCCCUCAAUUCUACAUAACUUUAAGGCUUAAUAAAACAGUUUCUGUACCAGGCUGUAAACACGUUUAUUUCUGCUGUAAAGUUGGACAUUUAAACAUCUAUGGGGAUUGACUCACUGUUGGAGCCAGACUCUAGUGGUCAUUAGAGGAACUGCAGUCUUUGGUUCUCCAGUGUUGACUUCAUUUUUCAGCCCCAGAGGCUGAUACUUGGUCUGCACUGCAUCACCUAACAUUACAGGUCUGCAACUACCAAUUAUCCCAUUAUUGAUUAAUCUGGCAGCUGGUUUCUUGAUCACUUGAUCAAUCAGCUCAUCUAUGAAAUUUCAGAAAACAUUUAUAAAUACCCACAUAUAUUCCCCAGAGCCUAAACAGCUGGAAUUGUCCUUUAAAUGUUUGUCUUCAUAUUUUGAAUGGAUCCACAUCAGAAUCCAGUUUAAUGAAAACAUUCCACUGGGCUCAUUUAUUGAUUUACGCUGCAGUGACUGUAUCAUGUAGGACAGUAAUGAUGUAGGAUUAGACUCAAUGUCAGGACUUGCACAGUAUAAAAGGGCUAGGAUUAGGAUUCUUUACCAUUUAUCUAGAUAACAAAAAUCUAUAUUGUCAUUAUUCAGUUCAGUCUGAAUAGUUUCCACCAGAAUCUAACAUUCCUCAGUUCACGCUCUCCUUUUCUGUCCACUGCUUCAGACUUAACUUCAAAUGAUGAAUGAAUAAUCGAUCAUUUGUGAUUGUAUAAAUGACUCAUUUAUGAGUAGAACGAAUGGAAAACUGAGAAUAUGGUUGGAAAUAUCAAAGUAAGUUAUUCAGUGAAAUCUGGUGUCAACAAACACGAGUCGCCCGAAUAACAAUGUAACAACUAAUAUAACCAUCAAUAGAAGCUAAUUCCCAGCACACGCCUCAUAAACAGUCACACACAGAGAAACACAGAUGUGUUGUUUGUCCAUUCAGAACAUUCAGUUUCAGUCUGUAUUCUCAGGUUUCAUUUCAUCUGCUCACUCCUUCAUUCCCAGCUCUUUUCAUCCUUCAUCCGUCAGUUUGCCAUAAAGUUUGAAUGAAUGAUUUCCUCAACAGCAUGCCAGAGAAAUGCAUUCCUGAUGUUGCAGUCACUUGUGGGCUAUCUGAUAUUUAUUGUAACACACUGGUUUUGCUGCAAGAGUACUAUUUUCAGUAACUAUGUUAUUUGUGUAAUAAAGUGUCUGCAAAGCA